AAAGCCCUUCUCAAAGAGUGGAUAAGACAGGGGGCCUUGGGCAGGCGGCGGCUCGGUGGAUCCCCCGGGGCAGGACAAAGGUCGGCGCUGCCAGCUGAGGUCCAAGGUUUGCCUGCGUGUGCAACGGCCGGCUGGGCUGUGUGCUGCCGACGGCAGGCAGGCCUGGAAACCUGGAGCUGGUGGGAGACGUGGCACUGGGACGCGGUUAUUAGAUAUCAGUCUGGAAUUUUUUUGACAGGAAUUUGGUAAGUCUGUUUCUUAGGAAAUCAUUCCUCGUCGCUAACGUGUCAGAGACACAAUGUCAUCUGGAAACGACUGCCAGAAAUUCACCAAACCAGCGUUUGGUGAAAAGGAAGCGACUGAGUUGGUUGACAGAGUAUUUGGAUUAAAGGUGUCUUGGAUCAGGCCUCUCCCUAGCUACGACGAUCAGAAUUUCCGUGUGCGUAUCUCGGGGAACAAAGGUGCGCCUGAAGGCGCUGAUGAGUAUGUCCUCAAAAUCACCAAUUCGGAAGACAGCCAGGAGCCUGACCUCAUCGAAACGCAGACCCAGGCCAUGAUGUUUCUCAGCACUGAAGGCUUUCCUUCAGCUACGCCUUACCUUACAAAAGACGGUAACAUUAUGUGCCUGGUGUCAGGAGGUACUGGAUCUGGGAACAAAAAGUACAUAGUCAGACUGCUGACUUACCUGCAAGGAAUACCUGUAGCAAAAAUUGCUACAAAUACGCAGAUUUUGUAUGAGAUUGGAAAGCUAGCUGCCAGUUUGGAUAAAGCUCUCUCAGAGAAAUUCCAUCAUCCAUCAGUAAAAAGUCUGCAUCGAGGGCAAUUCAUUUGGAACCUGGCAAACGUCCCUCUUCUGGACCAGUAUAUUUAUGCCUUGGGCCAGAACAAACAUCGCAAAGUUGUGGAGCAAGUUAUUCAGCAAUUUAAAAAGAAAGUAAUACCGAAGCUAAGCAGUUUUCGAGCCUCAUUUCGGUUUCUUCUGUGUUUAGGUAUCAAUCAUGGAGAUCUUAAUGACCACAAUAUUUUAGUAGACUCCAGCUCUGCUUCCCUUGAGACUCCUCAGUACAGAGUGUCCGGCAUUCUGGAUUUUAGUGAUAUGAGUUAUGGGUAUUAUGUAUUUGAAGUCGCAAUAACUAUCAUGUACAUGAUGAUUGAGAGCCCGGAUCCUCUGAGUGUUGGAGGGCACGUUCUGGCAGGGUUUGAAAGUGUCCUGCCACUGACAGAGGAGGAGAGAGCUGCUCUCUUUCUCUUGGUGAGCGGGAGGUUUUCGCAGUCGCUUGUCAUCGCAGCCCACACGGCUCUCCAGUACCCAGAGAAUAAGGAAUACCUCAUGAUCACGGCGAAAACCGGAUGGAAACACUUGAUGGAAAUGUGCGAGGUGGGCCAGGAAGCCGUGGAGAAGACGUGGUUCGAGACUGCAAAAGCGUACGUGCACCGUGGGCCUGCAGAGUAGAGCAACAGCGGCGCGGUAACUCCUGACCGUGCCGACGUAGUCACCACCGCGCGGCCUCUACGCGGCCUUGUAUCCACCGCCGUGUUUCAAUACGUAAUUGCAAGACGGCGAUGCCCUCGCAGCGCGUCCGAGCUCCAAGC